AUGGCUGAUGACGGCCAACCUCCCGUCACCCAGAUUACGCCAGAAGAGCAGGAACUGGCGAGCUCCGGUGAACUCCAGAACCUCUCCACGAGCAUGUUCUUCGAAGACCUCUUGCCACUCAAUUUGGGCAGAUUUGGGCAGCUUGGCUCCUUCGCUGACACUUCCCCACAAGAUUGGAAGUCCGAUGUGGAUCAAAAGCCCAAACUGGGGCCGCAUUGGACAUCCCAUUAUGGGAGGAACCUCUUUUUGGCGGCCGCCAGCCCGGACCCGAAUACUUCGGGGUUCUCUAUGAACCCUGGCGUGCCAGGCGAUGUCGAUACUCCGUCAACCGACAUUAAAGAAGAAGAGACCGAGGAGGACAAGAAACACUCCCAAAAGACCUUGGCUGACCUUCUCCCCCAGAUGAUGUUCGUGUCUGGCGAGACCGCAGAACCAUCCAUCGACACCACCACCCUCAUCGAGGAAAUUACCCGCCAGCAGGUGAUUGAGAUUCUCACACGCAGCACCUCAUUGGCUACUCGCCGGGGUUCACGGUCUAUCUCAACCGAUGACCUUAUCUUCCUCAUUCGACAUGACAAGGCCAAAGUCUCUCGCCUUCGAACUUUCCUUUCCUGGAAGGAUGUUCGCAAGAACGUCAAGGACUCCGAUGACAAGGGAGGUGGCGAUGCCGCCGACUUUGCGGCCGCCGACGAUGCAGCCGGUGCGGUAGCAGGCCCGACAGAUGUAGCCGCGAAGCCUAAGAACAAACGCGCCAAGGUCGGACUUGCUUGGGAUGUUAACAGCCUAUUUUCUGUCCAAAUCCCGGAGCGCGAGGAUGAGGAGGACGAGGAAGAGGAGGAGCAAAACUACGCCACCCUCCAGCGUCUGGCUGCAGCCGAUGAGCGCACCAAGUACAUGACCAAGGAAGAGUAUGUUUUCUGGUCCGAAUGUCGACAGGCCUCAUUCACCUACCGCAAGAGCAAACGUUUCCGCGAAUGGGCAGGCUUCGGAAUCGUAACCGAAUCCAAGCCAAACGAUGACAUCGUCGAUAUCCUGGGCUUCCUGACCUUUGAGAUCGUCCAGACCCUCACCGAGGAAGCACUCAAGGUCAAGGUGCGCGAAGACCAUGAGAAGAAUCGCGGCGGCGGCGACAAUGGCGACAAUGCCAAGAAGCGCAAGCGCGAGACUGGUCGUACCCCCAUUGAGCCACGCCAUGUCCGUGAGGCCUAUCGCAAGCUGCAGGCUACCCCACAGAAGAACAUCGCGAUGCUCCUUCACGAAGCCCGGGUUCCUGCUCGAAUGCCCCUUCAACUGAUCUGA